CCGGAAGUUGUGGUUAAAAACACUUAGCAUGUCGCUUACAGGACAGGUAGUUCUGACAAAUUCCUCGAUAGUAUAUUAAUCAACAUUACCGCUAAUAACAACGACAACAAGACGUGAAAAUGAGAAGUUAAACUUCCUGUUGAGCUGUUUUUUUACCUUCGUGUAGUAAAACAGCUAUACCAGGUUAUAGUCGGUGACCGAAAAUCAUGUUGUCUUCAGUGAUUCAUUAUCAAGCUAAUGUUAGCUUAAACACACUAACCUGCAGCAUGAGCAAAAAGGUUACGGAUUAUUAAGACACGCUUAUGGUCGUUAAAUAUCCUCCACAUAACAGACUAUUUUUUUUUUCACUGAAACUACACUGAUUGUAGUUAAAGGAGUCAUGGCUGACGACCCUCAGAGAAAUUUUCGCUCAGCUUAUUAUGAGAAAAUGGGCUUCAGGGGCGUGGAGGAAAAGAAGUCUCUGGAAAUACUACUGAAGGACAAUCCUCUUGAUUUGGAAAAGCUGAGCACUUUCAGUCAGAGGUUCCCGCUACCCUCCAUGUACAGGAUUCAUGUGUGGAAAGUGCUGUUAGGCAUCCUCCCCCCACACAGUGACUCCCACGCGCUGGUUGGGGGUUACAGGAGGGAGCAGUACCAGGACAUCAAGGAGGCUUUGGAGGUGAUGAGGUACAUCAACUCUUCCACGCCGUCCACUCUCGUCUACCUGCGCAUGUUCCAGCUGGAGAACCAGGUGCUGCCGCGAUGCUCCGAGAUGUUACCUCCUGAUGAGGAGAGUGAGGACUUCCUGGCGGUCAGCAGAGCCAUGGAGGAGAUCGUGGAUGAUCCGGUGGACUGCUACUGGCUCAUCAAAUGUUUCAUUACUCAGUUCUACACCAAGUUUGGGGACUCGGUUCCACAUCUGCCGAAGAGCCUGGAGCAUUACCUGAGCCAGGAGGAGCCGCGGCUGCUGGCCCACCUGAAGAGCACGGGGGCUCUGCUUCAGCUGCCUUACAGCCUCUGGUUCAGACGCUGCUUCGCCGGCUGUCUGCCCGAGUGCAGCCUGCAGAGGGUCUGGGACAAGGUGAUCAGCGGCUCCUGUAAGAUCCUGGUGUUUGUGGCUCUGGAGAUCCUGCUCAGCUACAAGAUCAUGCUGCUAGGCAUCAACCGGCCGGAGGGCGUGGUCAACUUCCUGUCCAACAUCCCGCAGGAAAACACGGACGCCAUUGUGACCAAAGCCGUGGAGCUGUGGCAGAAGUACUGCGGGAACCCGGUUCACGCUGUGUGAGACGUUUCCCAGAAUCCUUUGGGGUGUAAUCUGAGCUGGACAGACUUUUUCCUGAGAAAUUACUGAACUGACUUUUUCGCACAAGGGGGGGGACGAAGGACGAAGAGCAAACGUAUUGUUUUUUUUAUAGGUUUUUCUUUAAGAAAUUGUGUACAUCAUUAAAGACUCACAAUAAAUUAAUACAACAUGCAGUUUGUUUACAAAAACA